UCCCUGUUUAUCAGGAUGAGGGGGGCGUUUCAGUCUGACACUGCGCUGGGACGGACGCCUGUCUGCGCCGGACCAAAGCGAACUGCGAUCCGCUACGAAUUGGGAGCAGCUCGCAAGUCUCUGCACGGCUGUGGAAGCGAUCGGCCAGCUCAGAGUAUAGGAUGGUCAUCCCACCUACCUAUGCAGACCUUGGCCUGUCGGCUAAAGAUGUUUUCUCCAAAGGAUACGGAUUUGGGCUCUUCAAGUUGGAUUUGAAAACACAGUCAGAGAAUGGAUUGCAAUUCACCACCUCUGGCUCUGCCAAUACAGAGACCAGGAAGGUGAUAGGUAGCCUAGAGACCAAGUAUAAAUGGGCUGAGCAUGGGCUUACCUUAACUGAAAGGUGGAACACGGACAACACCCUGGGCACGGAGAUCACCCUGGAGGACCAGCCAGCUAAAGGACUGAAGCUCACUUUUGACUCGUCCUUUUCGCCAAUUACUGGGAAAAAGAUCGGUAAGGUCAAGACCGGCUAUAGCCGGGAGUACAUUAACCUGGGCUGCGAUGUGGAUUACGACAUCAGCGGGACCUCAGUGCACGGCUCAGCCGUGGUUGCUGUAGAGGGCUGGCUGGCUGGCUACCAAACGACGUUUGAGGUGGGGAGGAACCGGGUCACUCAGAGCAACUUCGCAGUGGGAUACAUGAGUGACGAGUUCCAGCUGCACACUAACGUGAACGAUGGCACAGAAUUUGGAGGCUCCAUCUACCAGAAAGUGAAUGAACGCUUGGAAACGGCCAUCAGCCUGGCGUGGACUGCAGGGAACAGCAACACGCAUUUUGGAAUCGCAGCAAAAUAUCAAAUCGACGACAAAGCCUCUUUCUCGGCCAAAGCGACCAACUCCAGCCUUAUAGGUCUGGGAUACGCUCAAACACUGAAGCCAGGCAUUAAGCUGAGUCUUUCUGCUCUCUUGGAUGGCAAGAACAUCAAUGCUGGAGGACAUAAACUAGGUGUUGGUCUGGAAUUUGAAGCUUAAAAACAUGGAGCAGAAAAAUACCAACCUGAAAAAUGUUUUUGAAUGGAAAACCUGGACCAAUUGUUUCCUUUUGAGUUUGUAUCAUGUGGGACUGAGUGCUGUACUGUUCAUUUCUGUUACGUGAUGAUCCAUCAUUUUUAAAGUCGGACAACAAUUUGACAUUGUGGAAUUCUAGAACUAAGCAAGCAAAGAAAUAAUAUGUCUUAGAGGAUAUGGGGUUACUUUUCAUUGGUUGAAGUUCUAUGGCAGCAGAGAGUGAAAAUGCAUAAUUGUGUCUUUCAUAUCUAAUUCCAAUAAAAUAUUUUAUUUUUUCAGCAAAAAUGCUUGGUGAAAAAUCCCAACUCUACUGUUAUGAGGACCAUUGGUGGAGCACCUAAGUGUUAUUACAUUGUUUUAGUUAAGCAUAUUUUAUUUUGUAAUCCUUAUAAACUGAAGUAUUGUUGUUGCGAAAUUGCAUUCUAACUAAAGAGUUCAGUCUUUCAUAUUGAACUUGAUUGAAAUUGAGUUUUUUUGCAUUUAUGCGUCUUUUGGAGUUAUUCAUUUUUUCAUUCUAAUUUAUUUUGUUCUGCAUCAUGCUGUCAUUUGACUUGACUUGGUAUUGCAUUUCGCAUUAACUGAUGAUGAUGAAACAUGUGUCAAGAUGGCACUCCUGCCUUUUUUUUCCUAACAAACCUUUAGUUUAAAAGGGAAUGCAUUUUAGAGGGGAAUGUAACCAUCCAAAUUCGAUGUUGAAAUUUGUGAAGAACAACAUUUGACUGUACUCACAAGAGAACCUUAAUAAUAAAUUUUCCUGACUACUGCGA